AUGUCGUUUAUUCAAGAGCUUGUACGUGAAUUACAAGCAGAUCUUGAUGCUUUGUGUAUUUCACCUUUUAGUAAUUUCGAAGCAUCAUAUAAACAAAUAAGACAACCAGAGAAACCAGAAACUACAAAAAUUAAAACUACUGUUACCCCAUCUAUAAAUACUACAAACAAUGAUAAAAGUUAUAAUAACUUAAAUCCUGUUGAAAUUUACAAUGAAUAUUCUGAAUUCUUAAAAAAAUCAAUUUACAGUAUGCAACUAGAAGAAGGAACAAUUCCAACAAAUGAUGAUUUAGAAAGCUUAUUUAUUGCAAAAAUUACAAUAGUUGUAUAUGCUAUUGUAGUUGAACAUUUGUUAAUGGCUACUUUACCAUUAUUAGAUGAUAUUUAUUAUUGGGAAGAAUUGGAAGGAAGCAGACUUUGGACUUUUUAUCACCUAAUCCAAACCAUUCCAAUACGCACAUAUUUUUUUUCCAAUGCAAUCUACAAAUAUAUAAUAACACGUAAUAAACCAAAUCUUCAUAACAAUGCUAACAUAAACACUGCUAAUAAUCAAUCGAAAAAAUAUUUUUCAAUUGGACACACGAUGAUCAACAUGUUUCCAACAUACACUCACUCACGUUUCUCUGACCCACAAUCAUUUUCUUUUCCGUUGGCAAUUCGAUACGAAGUUCAUUAUAAGAAAUCCAUACUUAGAUCACUAAUGAAGCAUCAAGCAAAAUGCCUCGGUUUCCUAGUUUCUGAAUUGAACUUCAAGUUUCCAAUUGAUUCAGCAGAUCAACUUGGUGGCAAUUUCAAAUCUAAUAUUGCUGAGCGUGUUAAUAACUUUGUUAUGCUAAUCGAGAAAGUUUUAAAUCAUUUAAUUAAUAAUGAUGAUUUUGAUGUUGAGAAUGGAAUUAUACCAGAUAUUGAUUUUGAAAAAUUGAAAUUAGAGGUUAAGUCAAUGCAUACUUUAGAAAAAGAAAAUCAAGGACUUGAUGAUCUUUCUUCUCGAUUACAAUCAAUUAUUACAACACAUCUUCCAAGUUAUGCAAAACAAUGCAAUCGAAUUACAUCCAUAUAUGGUCGUCCAUCAUUUCUGACUAGAUGGUGGCUACCAGUCACAAUUUCAUCUGUUAUUGCAUAUAAAAAUAGAAAAUACAUCUAUAGGGAUAAUUUGAUGAAAUUAUUUGAUAAUUCACUUGAACGUAUGGUACUUGAUUUUGCUCGUGACAAUUUACAAUUAAGUUCAGAAGAUCUUAUUGUGGUAUCAAAUAAAAUACGAGAAGGUGAUUUAUCAGUUGUUCUAAUGGCUUAUGAACAAGAACUAAAGAAACCUUUUAAAUCUACAAUAACAGGAAACCUUAUCAGAACAUUGUUAAUUCAAGUACAAAAAACAAAAGUAGAUUUAGAAUUAGCCAUGGCAGCUUUAGAUAAAUUAUUGAAAUCAAAUGAAUUGAAUUUUGCUUUUUUAGCAGUUGGUCCGAGUCUUUUUGUUGUUUAUUUAUUGUGUAGUUGGAUGGAAAGAAUUUGGUGGAAUAAAAAUAAUUGGGUUGGUAAACUUCAGGGAACAAAUGCUCAAAUGAGAGAAUCUUUACGACAAGCUGAACGAAUACUUGUUAAGAAUUACAAUUCAACAAAAUUAACUUAUACAGCACAUGGACUUUUGCUUUGUCACGUUCAUCAUCUUAGAAUCUAUUCAAGUUAUUUGCCAUCCAAAAAUAGUUUGCAAACUCGAUUUCUCAAUGAUCUUCGUGAUUUGGAUAAUCCUAGUUUUAGUGUGCAACAAAAAAUAUUAACUUGUGAAAGAAUGUGGAGAUUUUGGGGAUUUUUAAAAUAA